UGUACGAUACCCCUCGUCCCCGUGACCAUGGCUGUGUUCCACGACGAGGUGGAGAUCGAGGACUUCCAGUAUGACGAGGACUCGGAGACAUAUUUCUACCCCUGCCCAUGUGGUGACAACUUCUCCAUCACCAAGGAAGAUUUGGAGAAUGGGGAAGACGUGGCAACGUGUCCUAGCUGCUCUCUCAUUAUUAAAGUGAUUUAUGACAAAGAUCAAUUUAUGUGUGGAGAAACAGUUGCAGCUCCUUCAGCCAGCAAAGAAUUAGUUAAAUGCUAGGAAGCUGUCAGGAAGUCACAUCUUGAACAGAGGAAUGAACCCCGAUGGACAUAGCAAGUAGACA